UGGACUGAAAUGUUCCACUCACAUAAAGAUACAAGACCACAUGGCCCCAGUUCAGUUGGACUGGAUGUCGAAUUCAUUGGAUUCAAGCACCUGUACGGCCUACCUGAACAUGCACACAUUAACUUGCAUCUGCUCUCUACCACGCACGACGAGCCAUACAGGUUGUACAACUUGGACGUGUUCGAGUACGAGCUGAACAACAACAUGGCCCUCUACGGCAGCGUACCUUAUAUAAUCGCUCACAGUGCAAAGUGGACGGUUGGAGUGUACUGGAACAAUCCAACUGAGACCUGGGUCGAUGUUGAUCACAAGAAGGAUGAGGUUAUCAGGAUGGUGAUGAUGAUGGUGGUGAUGAUUGUGAUGAUGAUGGCUCAUUCUCAUUGGCUGUCGGAAAGUGGCAUCAUCGACCUAUUUAUAAUGCUUGGACCAAUGGCAGACGAGCUUUUCAGACAGUACGCCGCCUUGACUGGCACAACACCCUUGCCACCGUUAUUUGCCAUUGGAUAUCAUCAAUCUAGAUGGAAUUAUAUGGAUGAAAAAGAUGUCUACAGCGUCAUCUUAGGCUUCGACGCCAACAACAUCCCACUGGACGUCCUCUGGUUGGAUAUCGAACAUACAGACGACAAGAGAUAUUUCACUUUCGACUCGAACCGUUUCGGCAACCCCAAGAAGUUGUUGGACGAUGUCGCACUGACCACCAGGAAGAUGGUCGCGGCCGUCGACCCGCAUUUCAAAAAAGAUACUAAAUAUAAACAAUACAGCAAUGCAAGAAGUUCGGAUCUGUUGGUGAAGGAUAGGGAUGGCAACGAGUACGAAGGCUGGUGCUGGCCUGGGUCAUCAGCCUGGCUGGACUUCAUCAACCCGGAGGCCAGGAAGUUUUGGUCCAAUCAAUUUCUCUACCACAACUACGAAGGUUCAACGAAGGACCUGUACACUUGGAACGACAUGAACGAGCCGUCGGUCUUCAACGGACCGGAAAUAAGCAUGCAUCGAGACGCGCUGCACUCAGCUGGCAGCAUCGAACAUCGUCAGGUUCAUAACAUCUACGGCCUCUAUGUGCAAAGGUCAACAUUUGAAGGUCACUUACUUAGAUCUAAAAAUAGAACACGUCCAUUCGUUCUUUCUAGAAGCUUCUUUGCCGGGUCCCAGAGAUAUGGAGCAGUGUGGACUGGCGACAACGCAGCUGAUUGGUCGCAUCUCGAAGUUUCCACGUCCAUGUUGUUGACCUUGAAUCUGGUUGGCGUGACUUUCAGCGGAGCCGAUGUUGGCGGCUUUUUUAGAAAUCCGUCUGCUGAGCUGCUCACUAGAUGGUACCAGGCGGCGACCUACCAGCCCUUCUUCAGAGCACAUGCUCACCUGGACACCAAGAGGAGGGAGCCCUACCUGUUCGAUCGCUACCACAUGACCAUCAUGAGAGAGGCCAUCGUCUCGAGGUACCGCCUACUGCCGUAUUGGUACCUGCUUUUUUACCAGUCCGAAACGAGCGGUAUGCCGUUAAUGAGGCCUUUGUGGGUGGAAUUCCCGGAGAGCGAGGACACGUUCGAGAUAUACAACACGUACAUGGUUGGCAGUUCAAUUCUCGUUCAGCCUAUCGUGAAGAGCGCUGUUAACGUUGUUAGCGUCUAUCUGCCUGGCUGCCAUGAGGUUAUAUGGUACGGUGAUUCCUAUGAAAUUUUUAAAGGCUGUCAAGUCGUUGAUGUGCCGGUAACUUUGGAAAAGAUUCCAGUCUUUUAUAGAGGAGGUUCAAUAAUACCCAUAAGAGAGAGAAUAAGACGAUCAUCAUCAUCAUCGUCGUCGUCGUCGUCAUCAUCAUCAGCUGCUUUGAACGAUCCUUACUCAUUGCUUAUUUAUCUCGACAAUAAGAAUGAAGCGGACGGCUAUUUUUACCACGACGACUUCAGCACGUACAAGUACAGAGAUGGACACUUUGUGUAUAGAAACUUUGUAUACAGGAGCAAUAAUACAAUCGUUUCUAGAUCCCUUAAUAAAGACAGCAAGUUCAAAAGUAAUUCUUGGAUUGAGAGGAUAUAUAUAAUCGGUUUAGGGCAG